ACAUUAAUAAAAACUGUAGAAUUAUAUUUUUCUAAAUUAGUAAUAUAAUGAUAAUACUAUAUAUAUCUUUAAAUCUUAUAAAAUUGGUAUUGUAACUGGUAACUGAAUAGUAUUAAGGAAAUUUUAAUUAAAAAUACAUCUACAUCAUGGCAAGUAUCAAGGAAUUACCAGAAUUAGAAGUCUUUAAAACAGUAUUAUUCCAUUGUAUGGUGAUAAUAGCCUUACCUGUAUUUUCAUUUUUUGCUAGCAAGAUUUUUAUUUUUGAUGGAUUGUUGGGGCUCGAUCAGGUGCCAAGCAACGUGUAUUCAGCUGGAGUUGCGAUCCUUGUCUUACACGUAGCUUUGGGCGCUUUUAUAUAUCGUGCAUACUUCGAUGAUCAAUCGAAGACACAGACGAAACGAGAUUAAUCAUUUUUUUUUGUAUUUGAAACACAUAUGCGAUUAAGUACACUUUUUUGAUAACACAUUUAUUCGCGUAUAAUCAUUGAAAAAAAACAUGUUACAUUGUAUUGCGUUACAUUCUGCAAUUGCAUACUUUUUUAUUAAUGUUUCGAUAUUUUUCUCCUAUUCUUUUUGUUUAAUGAUGUGAAAUUGCAUGAAGGAUGAAUAUAACUACUUGUACCAAUUAA